GCGGCGUCGCUGGGUUCGUGCGGAACCACAGCAGAAAAUGCAUUUUUCUGGUACUGUUUGGCCUGGCGUUCGUUGUGGCAGCAGGGCCCCCUCUGGGGAACUUGCGUCAAUCCUUCAGCGAGGAGCGCGUUGCCUCCAUCAACGCGCAGCUGCUGAACCUUACGCCCCAGGAAAUUCUACGCUGGGCACACCGCGCUUUGCCCGGGCGCGUCGUUCAACUCAGCAGCUUGGGCGCUAGUGGCAUGGUGAUCCUGGACAUGAUGGAUUCCUUAGGUUUGCUGAAAGAGAUUCCGGUGAUCACCGUGGACACGCUGCAUCUGUUUCCAGAGACCUACCAGCACAUCGCGAAUGUGACGAAUCACUAUUCGCAGCUGAAACUUCACGUCUACCAUCCCCUCGGCUUCGACAGCAGCGGAGCACGCGAGAAGUUCGACGCCAAAUAUGGCGCGACGCUCUGGAGAGAUGACUUUGAAAGGUACAGCUUGCUGUCCAAACUGGAGCCGGCAGCCAAAGCUCUGCAAGACUUUUCCCCGCGUGCCUGGAUCACCGGGAGGCGGCGAUCGCAGGGUGGUGACAGGCAAAACCUGGCAGUUGCAGAGUAUGAUGGUGGGAUGAUCAAGCUCAACCCUCUGGCUCACUGGUCCAGCGCCGAGGUUUGGCAGUACAUUCGGGAGCAUGGUGUUCCUUACAACAGCCUGCAUGACCGGGGCUUUUCCUCCAUCGGAGACGAGAUGAACACGCGCCCGACCAAGGCUGGUGAGGAGGAGAGAGCAGGACGCUUCGACCAGAGUGCGAAAGUGACCGAGUGCGGCAUGCACACGCACCUGGCGAAAGCGCGGGAUAGCAUCAAGCGGGCACAGCUGCAUAGCGCGCCUCAUCUUCCUUGCGCUAGCUGCGUGGACGUGGACAAGACGAACUUCCAGGAGCUGAUCUUGAACGCGAAACAGGAUCUGCUCAUUGA